AUGGCAGCCACUGGCCAGUCGUUAAUCCCAGCCCCGCUCACAGGGAUUCCCUUCCUAAAGGCCUCACAUUUUCAGAUAGGGUUUGACCAUAGACCACAGGGAAACGUUGUUGAAUCUCCUUUCCGCACUGAUUUCCCUCCCUUAUGGGGCAGUUACAAACCAGACCCAAUUCUGCUUCCAAACUCCAAGGGUGUUUUGAAUCAGGAUAUGGAUAAAGCCAGGGAAACCUGGUCAGAAACCCACCUGGCAUUUCCAGUGAGAUCCCUGGAACCAAAGCCCAAAGUCUGUCCACCAGAAUCUCACCUCCAAAUGCAUGCAGAUUCCCAGACCAAAAUUUUCACCUCAACUGCAAGGGAGAGCUACCCUUGGCCAGACGUGACUCUGCAGGGACCAGCCUCCACCAGAGCUGAUUACAAUAAGGAGGAAGAUCAUUUUCCUUGUGGAGACAAAGACAAACUAAAGCUCCUGCCUUCUGUCUAUCGUUUUUCAUACCCAGCGUAUGAGAUAUUUGAGCCCAUUGCCAAAGCGCCAUGUGUGCAUCUGGGAGGAAUUCCCACAAUUAAAGGUGACAGAUGCUCCUACUAUGGCACUUCUUAUCAAGCACAGUUUGAGGGUGGCUGGAUCCCUCCUGUGAAGUCCUGUGGAAAGAGCAAGUCUUCCAUUGUGUUUGGAGACCCCAGGAGCAGUGUCAGCACCAGCGAGGAGAAACGUGCCUACGCUCUCCAGGACACAAGGAACCACAGAGUCUAUGACAAAGAAUGUGCUGCCUUCCAAAUACACAAGACGAACAUCAAGCCAGGGGAUGGUCGCACCAGAUUCUUUACUGUGACACUGGAGUCGUUCCCACGGCGAGAGCUAGGUAAAGGCACUGUCACGACCACACAGGCUAUGCUGGUCCCGCACAGACAGUGGAUGCUCCGGCCCUCAGAAGAGUCGCUGCAGCAGAUAAAAUACUCUCACCUGGUCCCGCCGUGGCAGGGGCAGCGCUUCUUUGGGACUGAGCAUCAAGAUGAGUUCACCCCCAAGUACAGCGGCCCUGUGACUAUCUGCGGGGGGAACUUCCAAGUGAGCAGCGUCCCCCUGGGCACCCUGAAGAAGUACAACCCCCAGAGGCGCAUGGUCUUUGCAACAUGA